UCCACUGUUUCCCUCUGGUCCAUUCAUCGGAGGGGUGGAUCGCACUGUCCGCCCGCCAGAAACUUCCUGACAGAGGCACAAGCUGCUGUCGGCUUUUCCCUGUGAGGAGAGAAGAGGCACGGAGAGUUUUUAGAGCAGUCGGGCUGUUCUGUGAGGAUCAGGAGAGGGAUGGUGUGAUUCUUUAAAUAGAGAAAGGGAGAGAAGGAGGGAGACGCUCCGGUAGCAUCCCUGAACCCCCCCUCCAGUCCUUUCCUCGACCCCCUCCUCUGUCUGGCUCACCCCAAUAACACGGUCCUUCAGUCAAGACAGGGGGUUUGUUGAGGGGUUCGGCGACCAGGAAACAUGUCACAGACUAGGAGGAGCACAUACACUCGGACUACGAGCAGCGGCAGCAGCAGGAUGAGCUCGGACGGGGGCGGGCGGCCCGUCAAAGUGGGCUCCCUGGUGGAGGUGAUCGGGAAGGGGCAGCGCGGCACGGUGGCGUACAUCGGCAACACGCUCUUCGCCUCCGGGAAAUGGGUGGGAGUCAUCCUGGAUGAGGGCAAGGGCAAGAAUGAUGGCACGGUGCAGGGCAAACGCUACUUCACCUGUGAGGAGAAUCAUGGGAUCUUUGUGAGACAGUCACAGAUCCAGCUGGUUGACGAUGGAGCGGAUACCACGUCCCCAGAGACACCGGAGCCCGGCACCGGAAAAGUUCCCAAGCGAGAGAUCCUGGAGACGCCCAAGUCCACCAAACUGCGAGGAGUGAAGCCCAAAAAGACUCCUGCACCCCGGAAGACCACGGUCAGAAGGCCCAAGCAGCCCAGUCGCCCUGCAGGUGGGAAGGGGGCCGCGUCCGGCUCAGCUUCGGCCUCGGCCGGAGAGAUGAGCAGCAGCGAGCCCAGCACGCCAGCCCAGACCCCCCUGGCUGCUCCGAUCAUCCCCACCCUCCACUCCCCUGGAAGACCUCAGGCUCCCGUGCCCAGCAAGGUCAGUAUCGCCACACCAGCUGUGAUGCAGGAGUAG